AUGAAAAAACGGGACACGAAUAAAACCUUCAGAACACAUUCCCUCUCCUCAGAGGAAUACGACACAGAGGACGGACGGAUGCUGAGGAGAUGCGAGGAGCUGAUCCCGGUGAACAAGUGCGAGGGGACGUGCUUCUCCCAGGUCCAGCCCUCGGUGGCCACCGUCUCCGGGUUCCUCAAGGAGUGCAACUGCUGCCGAGAGAGCCAGCUGCAGGAGCGGUCGGUGGUGCUGAGCAAGUGCUUCGACCCGGACGGGAUCCCGCUGAAGGGGGAGGACGGGAGGAUGCAGCUGGACAUCAAGGAGCCGACCGAUUGCAAGUGCUUCAAGUGCAACGAGAUCCUCUGA